UCAAAAACCCAUUUGUUUUUUCUGAGAAUGACAGGUGCCCCACUCCGAAUCCUCUGUCUGCACGGCUACACUCAGAACGCAACCGUCUUCCGGGAGCGCACGGGCUCGCUGCGCAAGGCUCUCAAGGGCGUUGCCGAGCUCUUCUACCUGGACGCGCCGCACAAGCUUCGGCCUGCCGACGAAGACCGCUUCCCGGUCGAGGACGACGGCCAGUCACUCGCGUGGUGGAUUCCCGACCUGCCCCACCGGACGACCUUCCGGGGGUUUGACGAGAGCAUUGCCUACGUCCAAGCUCACUGCCAGCGCGAGGGUCCCUUCGACGGCAUCCUCGGCUUCUCGCAAGGCGCCGCCAUGACUGCGGUUUUGUGCUCCCAGGCCUCGGCCGCCGCGGGAGCAGAGCAAGCUGCCCAAGGAGCCGCAACACCUCGAUUCCGAUUUGCAAUGAUGUUUGCUGGAUUUCCAGUGAAGGAUCCAACCUAUCAGCACUUUUACGAAAAGCAGAUUCACAUUCCAUCGUUGCACGUGUAUGGCGAGUCGGAUGGCAUUAUCGCACCGCACAACUCGAAGCGUUUGGCAGAUUUGUUUGACAACUCGGUCGUCCAUGUCCAUGUUGGCGGCCACUUUCUACCCUCGCAAGCGUCGAUGCGCGGUGUGUAUCUAGAUUUUAUUGCAAAAGUCACAGGCGUUGUCCCGCCGGUCCCGCCAGCGCCAGUCACUGGUCGCCCGCCUUCGGGCAAGCGCGCUGCUGCCCAAUCUUCGAGCAACGGCAGCACUGCGUCGUCGUCGGAGGCGUCACCCAGUGCGUCUGUCGGUGAUCUGCCAACCGCCAGUUCUACCACACCCAAGCUAUGACCUGUUUUGUGUGUGUUUUGGUGUGUUUCGUGUUGGAACAAGUACAAAAAGGCUCAAAUCUGCCAUUGAA